AUGAUGGAAUCAAUUGCCAUGCAACGGCGACAAACGGCCACCACUGGAGGUGGUGCUCUGGCUGCCUUGGCGGAACUCUGUGACUGCAAAGAAUAUGGGAACCCCCCUUCUUUGUCACACGGUAGGCCGCCAAUGAACUCGAAAUUGGUAUUUCCCAAAUUGUUCAAUAGCAACACGAGGCCGUCUAUAAUAAGGGUUGUCGCUCCCAGAUUUCCGGGCGCCACGUUGACCGAACCUACACCAGUCAGUCCACUAAGAAAUUCUUUGCUGAAUCAACAAAGAAACAUGGUCGGAGAUGUUCUAUCAGCCUCUUUGUCCCUUGCAGAAUUGUCCCAAUCACCCGUUGUCUUUCGAGGAGACGGGUCAAUUCUGGCAGAGAAAGCACCUUCAGCAUCAAGCUCAGACUCAGUAUCAUCAAAGUCGGCUACUUCUUCGACAUCCAUCAAGCCUCGAACCAAGCAAACACGUUGCCUGUCAAAGCCAGUUGUUGGAACUGAAGCAACAGCUACUCCUCCAACCCAAGGAAAUGGGAAUGUUCGGUUUCGACAGUAUCAAGUCACCACUUGGUCUCAAAGACUCGAGGAAGUCCAGGCCUUUGUAAGGCAGCAUGGCCAUUGCAUGAUUCCAAGCGACUAUCCACCCAAUCAAAAGCUUGCCAAAUGGGCCAAACGACAACGAUGUCAGUACCAACUCUUCCAAUCCAAUCCAACCAAAUCCAGCAUGACGGCGGAACGCAUUCGAGUUUUGGAAGAUUUCGGAUUUUGUUGGCAAAACAAAAUGUCCGUCUGGCAAUCCCGCUACGAAGAACUCUUGCAAUUCCAUUUGCAGUUUGGGCAUACCCAAGUUCCAUCCUCGUACAAGCCGAAUCAACGGCUGGCCACAUGGGUCAAGUGUCAACGACGCCAAAAACGAUUGCGAGACCGAGGCAAGCCAAGCAGCAUGACCGGUGAUCGUAUUGCCUUGUUGGAUUCCGUCAAUUUUGUAUGGAGAAUGUAUCCAAGCAAUCCACGAGACGAAUAG